CAUUGAAGUUAUGCUGGAAAACUGUGAGACUGUUGCCUCUUUGCGAGGUGAUGGAGGGAAGAGCAAGAUGGAGAGACAUCCCCAGAGGAGGCCAUUGCACAGGGUUAGGUGUGUAGAAAGAGAAGAGCAGAGGUGGAAAACUGAAAUAAAACAGGAAAAGGGGGAUGAACUCUUGGCUUGUCAGGGAAAUAACAUCCAUGAAAUCCCAAUUCAUGUGAAAACACACAAAGGAAAGGAAAAGAAUCAGUGCCCUGUGUGUGGGAAAAGCUUUAGUUCUAAAUCGAAUCUUAAUACCCAUUGGAAAAUCCACACAGGAGAGAAGCCAUUUAAAUGUUUGGAGUGCGGAAAGACCUUUUGUCAAAGGGAAAAACUAAUUAGACAUGAAAGGAUCCACACGGGAGAGAAACCCUAUUCUUGUUUGGAGUGUGGGAAAAGUUUCAUCCAAAGGAUAGAUCUGACUUCACAUCAAAGAAUCCACACAGGGGAGAAACCAUAUAAAUGUUCGGUGUGCGAAAAAAGUUUCAGACAGAGCGCGCACCUUAUUUCACAUCGCAAAAUCCACACAGGGGAGAAACCAUUUACAUGCUCAGAAUGUGGAAAGAACUUCAGUUUGAGCCACAGCCUUACGUUGCAUCAAAGAAUUCAUACAGGUGAGAAACCAUAUGAAUGUCUAGAGUGUGGGAAAAGCUUCAGUCAGACUUCAGGCCUUACUUCACAUCAAAGAAUGCACACAGGAGAGAAACCAUAUGAAUGCCUGGAAUGUGGGAAGAGCUUCAGUCGGAACUCACAUCUUGUUAGACAUCAAAGAAUACACACAGGAGAGAAGCCAUACAAAUGCUUGGAGUGUGGAAAGAGUUUCAGUCGGGGCACACAUCUUACCUCCCAUCAAACAACUCACACUGGGGAGAAACCGUAUACAUGCUGGGAGUGUGGAAGGAGCUUCCACAAAAGCACAAACCUUACUUCCCACCUAAGAAUUCACACAGUGGAGAAACAAUAUAAAUGGCCAGAUUGUAGUAUAAAUUUUAGUGACAAAUCAGUCCUCAAAGACCACCAUAGCCAGCACCUUGGUGAAAAAUCCUUAAUGCUUGAAGUGUGGAAUGAUCUUGAAUCCAUAAAAGAAGGAAGCUGUAUAACUCUUCGAAACUGCAACAUAAGCCUUUGUGAUGGAUCAAACCUUAAUGCACACCAGGAAAUACUCUCAGAAGACAAUUAUCCAAAUCCUGGAAAUGUUUGGUGUAGGGAAAGAACUUGAGAAGGAAAAUGCAUUUUUCUUCUUUCACCCAUGUGAUAGUAUAUAAACUCUUGACUGUCAGAUAAUCUGUUUAGGAAAAAUACCAUAUAAAUGCUCAGAUUGUGAUGAGUGCUUCCACCCAG